AUGCGCAAUGACCCCUAUGGAAUAUCAGAGGAGUUGCGUAAGGACGUACCUGCUAACCUUAAGGCGGCUACUGGGCAUGUUAUCAUCACCCAAACAUGCAUUUAUGUUCAAUGGGGCUAUAUAGCAUACCCCAUAGCCCUUCUUGCGCUGCAGUGGAUAUUUUCGACCCUGGUGUUGGUUGCGUGUAGUCAGCGAAGGAGAUCUGGGGAUGGGCCAAGUCGUGCAGUCUGGAAGUCCUCGCCUCUAGCACUUCUCUUUCAUGGGCUUGAUGAGGAUCUGCAGACCAGGAGUCAGAAUCUCGAGACUGUCAGACAGAUGAACAGUUUGGCAAAAGAUGUCAAGGUUCGUUUGGUGCCGAUGAAUACUUCUCAACGGAAAGGAUGGCACUUCGCGGGCGUCUAG